AACGAUCCAUAUCAAGUUGCAUUAGUCAGCCUUUAGCCGUCGGUUCGAGCAGUCCGAUUGUUAAAUCAAGCAUUUGUUUCAUUUUUGUUCCUUUCGAGUUUAUCCCAAGCACACUAAUUCAACAUGGCUGAUGAUGAGGCAAAGAAGGCCAAACAGGCCGAAAUCGAACGCAAACGUGCUGAAGUACGUAAGCGUAUGGAAGAAGCUUCAAAGGCCAAAAAAGCCAAGAAAGGUUUCAUGACACCAGAAAGAAAGAAGAAACUUCGUUUGUUGCUCCGUAAGAAAGCCGCUGAAGAAUUGAAGAAAGAACAAGAACGUAAAGCAGCCGAACGUAGACGCAUCAUUGAAGAACGUUGCGGUAAACCAAAAGAAGUUGACGGUGCCAACCAAGCCGAACUCCAAACGAUUUGUCAUGAAUAUUGGAAACGGAUAUCUGGUUUGGAAGGUGAUAAAUAUGAUUUAGAGCGAGCCAGCGCACUAAAAAAGAUGGAGAUCAACGACCUUAACGCUCAAGUCAACGACCUCCGCGGUAAAUUCGUCAAACCAACUCUCAAGAAGGUCUCCAAAUACGAGAACAAAUUCGCCAAAUUGCAAAAGAAGGCUGCUGAAUUCAACUUCCGUAACCAAUUGAAGGUUGUCAAGAAAAAGGAAUUCACCUUGGAAGAAGAAGAGAAAGAGAAACCCAAUAUCGUAAUGGAAAAGAAAGAAAAGAAGGAUUCGCUUAAACCAGAGGAACCAGAACCGCCAAAGGAAGAACCGCCAAAGGAAGAAGAAAAGAAGGAGGAAAAGAAAGAUGAUAAAAAGAAGCAUCACAGCAGUCAUAGUAAAAAAGAAAAGACACCAACUAAAGAUAAAAAGAAGUGUAAGCAAAAUAGGUGUAACGUGUCCCGAUUACGUGUUGAUCUCACGACAUAUAUGUAUUCACAAAAUAUAUAUCAACACAACGCACAAAAAAAAAACAAAGAAAACAUUUACACACAAUAUAUUCAACAUUUUGACAAAGUUACGAAAAUCAUCUGUAUCUAAUUUGUGUGUGUUCCA